UUUUAACACCGGCCAGUGAGAACUGAGCCGUGAAAGCUGCCUGUUUUUACUUUAAUGCUUUUAUCCCUACUUUCCUAAACAACAUGUAUUGGCGUAAACAUCUCAGAUGUCAACUCACAAGAGGAGUUAUUAUGAAUCAGACUUUAUCUUUGGUUUCAUUAGAAAACUUAGUUAAAAUUAAGUAGCGUGAAAAACAACCCUGUGAAAGUUGAUACCUAGUUUUCAAGCAGAACAGAAGGUUAAGCUGAAACCGAAUGUAACUACAAUUCCUAAGCAGCUGUUUCUUCACUGUGCUAUUUUCUUGUAUUUUAGAAACUUGUUUCUUCACAAUCAAGGACACUGGUGUAUUGGUUUUCCCUUUGAUCCAUUACUCAUCCCAUCUUGAUUUGGGACACACUGCCAGCAAGGCAAGACACAGAAGACAACUGAUACAGGGAAUUAUGGCUCAGGAGCUCUCUAUGACAUCAUGCCUACUUUUUAUAUAUUAUUGUGUUGGUACAAUUUAUACCCAUCUCCAAGUGCAAGAUUCUGAUACUGCCCUUUAAGUUUGCACCACACAGGCUUCUUGUGCAAAUAGGAACUUUUGUUAAUCUGCUGCUAUAAAAAUAGUAGUUUGUUCAUCCAGGACAAGAUCUGGGACAAACAAUCUGCUGAGUAGUACUAACUUAAACUCUUCAAGUUUGCACAGUUUUGUUCUGAGAAUUGCUUCCAAUUCCCCUUUAGUCAACAUCUGUGUUUGUUUAGCACUUAGAAAUCAUGUACAUAAGGAGCACAACAUGAUGAAAAACAUUUUGACAGAUUGUUCUGGAAAUCAAAUCUUUCACCUGAAGGGACACAUUGCUUGGGUGGAAAAUAACAGCUAAUUUCUUUAUGCAAAAUAGCUCUGUGGCAUACUGAAGAUACACAAAGUUAUUCACAUGGAAAAAAAAUAAAUAAAUGCGUUUGUAAGCUGUCCACACCGUAUUAUUGGAAGGUGGAAGAUGCGGAUUUACAUAGUGCUGUGAUUAAAAUGGAUUUGCAUCUGCUAUGACAGGUGGUUCCAUUUCACUAGGAUGCCAGCAGUGCCUAGGUCAUCUUCCAACUUAAGAAAGGUGGUAAAUCUACUUGUAUUGCUUGGAUCAAGAGAACCUUCAUUUUCCUCCUGAGGUUAUGCUGUAUGGAGUAAUAUCCAACUACCCUGGCUGUGGAAUGGAUUCAACGAAGGCCAAGUGCUGAAGGGCAUUAAGAUAUUGAACCUGACGGCAACACUCUAAAACUUUUGUGGGAGAGUGUGACAUUUGCUCACAUUGCACUAAGGAGAAUAAAGGAAGCUGGGUAAGGGCAGCAAAGGAUUAGGCUGCACCACAAGGAGAGAGGCCUGAAAGUAAAAGCCUCCUGGUUCAGGAGAGCAAGGGAGCAAGGAAUAUACUGAGAAAGAAAAGUGUCGAGAAGAAAAGAAUAAAGAAAGAGAUAUCACAGCAAAAGGAAAAAUUAUAUGAGGAAGUUUCUGGGACGGAGUGAUGCUCUUCGAAGAGAUCACACCGAAUGAAGUAUCAGUAAGAGCAGAAGAAACUGCUGCUUUACAGUGUUCAGAUACCACGCGACCCCAUUGUUUGUAGCAGCAUCAGUGUAAGAAGACUUAUUUGAAUAAAUGAGAGACAAACACUUCAAGGGCUUAGACCUUCGAGAUGUGUAAGGUAAUGGAUAAGUCACAGGUGUGCCUAGAGCAGAUACAAUAGUAAGAGCAAAGAAAUACAAUGAAGAAUUUUCUAGCUAGGUGCACUGAACCUAUUUUGCAUCCUGCUGUUCCACAGUCAGUAAGAUGAUUUCUCUAAUAACAUGUUGUUCAGAGCAUAACUGUAAGAUAGCAUGGCCACUGCUGAAAAAUAAGCCAUAGUUCUGAAAGAGAAAAUUGUAAAGGAGGUGUUAAAAGCAGUCUGUCAGCUUGCACUGUACUUUGUGGGGAUGCACGUGCUAAUUGUAUUGUUCCUGCUAUCAUAUCACCUUCAGCUUGAAGAUCAGUCAGGAAAAGAAAUUCUGCCCUACUCGUGACAGUCAGACAGUGGAACAAAAAAUGCCAGUGAAGUCAAACACAGAAGAAACACUGGCUUGGUCUGACUCUGUGGAUACACUACUUGCUAAUAAAGAUGGCCUGGCAGCUUUUAGGAAGUUUUUGAAGUCAGAAUUCAGCGAGGAGAAUGUAGAGUUCUGGCUGGCUUGUGAGGACUUCAAAAAAACCAAGUCUUCCACCAAGAUCGCAGCCAAAGCCCAAAAGAUUUAUGCUGACUUCAUUGAAGCUGAUGCUCCAAAGGAGAUUAAUAUUGACUUUCAUACAAGAAAUCACAUCUCUCAGAACAUCUCAGAACCCACCCUCAGUUGUUUUGAUGAUGCCCAGAGGUUAAUCUAUAGUCUCAUGGCAAAAGACUCUUUUCCCAGGUUUCUAAGGUCAAAAGAGUAUAAGGAACUAGCAAAGAAGCAAGACAACAGAAAUGACAAAAGGUGGCUCCCAUUUUUGUGAGAAGGUAAAAGCUAGAGGCUUGAGUAGUUAUGAAUUUGUAGGUGCCUCCUGUUACAACUCAGGGUAGGUAAUAUUUUAUUAAAGUGAUUGUACAAAACAGAACUCUUAACUGGCUUGUUUUUAAUGUAUGUGUGGUUGCUUCUGCUAAAGUUGGUGGAGAAGUAUUCUAGAAACAGAAUGGAAUACACUAAGACAGUUGAGUUUUUUUAGUAGAAAUUUUGCAAUUAAUAUUUUUUUCCAGUAGUUUCUUCAUUUGUUGCAGUGAUUUUGCAUUUUAUAAGUGAAAUGUUCUGUGGUCUACCAUCAGUUUUUUGUUAGAAGUAUGGACUCAAUAAAUUCCUUUCAUGGGACUUGAAUACACUUAUUCCUUUUCAUCUACUUAUUUGUAAAGAAAAAAAAAUAUUAAAAACCUCUUUUAAACAUGUUCUACACCACUUAAAAUAGAAGAAGAAACAUGGUAGAUGCCAUACUGUGAAUGACAAUGAAUUAAGGACAUCACUUAAUAAAAAGCUGUUUUCUAACAAAUGUUCCUAGCAUUCAAAGCAAAGGGAUGUUUCAUAAUACAUGCUCUUUAACACAACUCUCUUCAUUUUCCUUUGUAUUUAUCUCACUUAGUUUUUUUCACUAAAACAUCUCACUUGUUAACUGACUAUUUGGGGGAAAAAAACCAGAGCAAUCUUCUCUUCAUACAUUUUCUAGUAAUGAUUAAUUUAGUUUUCUUCUCUAAAUGCACUAGUUGUAAUGUAUGCUUACACUCAUGACGAAGUAAUGUUAAUAAUGACUCUUUUUUUUUCCUAAUUAAAUACAGAACCAUAGAAUCAUAGAAUCAUUGCAGUUGGAAAAGACCUCUAAGAUCAUCCAGUCCAACCAUCCACCUACCACCAACAAUGCCCACUGACCACGUCCCUCAGUGCCACAUCUCAAUGAUUCUUGAACACCUCCAGGGACAGUGACUCCAUCAGCUCCCUGGGCAGCCUGUUUCGAUGCCUCACUGCUCUUUUGGAGAAGUUUCUCCUAGUACCCAGCCUAAAAAGCACUGAACAGUUUUAGUGGAGUAACCAUAUUAAUUAGAAUUUGUCAUUGUGUCACAAGAAAUGACAGGAUUUUUGGGUGUCUCCAGUUGCACACUCUGAUCUUCUUCAUUGCUCCUCAAAGAUUUAUAGCGUAUUUUUAGCUGCAGAAUGAGCUGUAAUAUAUUCCUGAAGAAAAAUAUAUUCUAACCCAUAUGGAGCAGGAGGAAUAUUCACAAUCAAAAAUAAUUCUAAAUACAAGAGGUAACAAUAAGAUUAAACAAGCAAAAAAAACCCCUAGUAACUUUCAUUUUAUAUGAACUCGAUCCUUUUGCUAUUCUCCGAUACCCAUAGCCUAUUCUAUCACCUACUUUUUCUUCUGGCUUUCUGCAUUUCUUUUUCAUUUCUUUCUUCCUCAGCACUAGCGGUUAGCAGAGAUGAACAUGAGAGGCGAGGCUGAGCUACAAGGAGGAUGUGGUUUUGUUCAGCAGUCCCGCAGCUACCAUUCAUUUUGCAAUGAAACUUCAGUGGAAAAUCGCAACUUCCGCCUGGGCGCCGUCUCGGAAUCCUUUCAGCACUGGGGAAUUUCUGCUGAUUGAAGUCACAGUGAAGACAGCAAUCAGGACUGCUGAAAUUACAUAAUUUACUCAUAUAUAUAGCAAGCCAUCUUUCCCUCUUACAAAUCCAAGUCUCGUUUUCAGAAGAGGUGAGGUCAAGUCGCCUUUCUCAGUGGGCCAAGAAGGAAGCCCCAAAAAUCUGCUGCACCAAUGGUUGUGAUCUAAGGAAAAGAGUGCCUUGAAAUAGCCUGUUCUAGUGUUAGAUAUGGAGGUUGGCAGCCCUGCCUGAGGAAGGGGUUUUGGAGCUUGAUGAUCCUGGAGGUCCCUUCCAACCCAAGCCAUCCUAUGAUUCAAUGAUUCUAUGUGUGAUAACGAAAUCACAGAUGCCUGACAGUGCUCUUUUUCGAAUUCCACAUUCCUGACUUUAUUGCAAAGAAAACCAGAGAGCAGUAGAGCAGGAGGCUGUCAGGGAUCUCUAAUUCCUGACCGAAAACAUAAAAAAAAGUCCAUCUUCAUAAAAAUAAUCCCUUAUACUUUUUCUGGUAACUCUAUAAAGAAAUAGUGGGAAACCCUCAGUGGAAAUACAUACGUCUGCACAGAUGAACAUAGACUAUAUCCAGAGAGGUGGGCAUCUGACUAAUUCUCUGAUCACCAGCCUAAUUAUCAUUAAAAAAAUAAACCGUUCUUAGCAUAUUAUUUUAAUAAUUAUGUAAUAAAGUAUCAUGGAGGAUUUUAAUGCUAUUUCAGUUAAUUUAGGAUGCUUAAACAGAAAUGUACAGUAAUUACACUUUUAGGGGUUAUCAACAACUCAAGUAUAAUAGAGCAUACUAAGUUUUCCAUAAUCUUCGAAUUAAAACUACAUCAACAAAGUAAAUUAAAAAAAUUGUUGAGCAGACCGUUCAAAUCUUUAUAAAUUAAUCUUUUCUUUCUCCUACUUAAAUCUGAGAAAGCACUUGGCAUGAUUGCUUUAA